GGGGGUAGAGUCUCAGGACAGCUGGCUCUAUAAAUGAGUGGAAAAAGAAUCCAGAGCAGGAGAGGCUGUGGGGGAGAUAAAAGCCUGUCUGUCUUUACAGAUGAAAUUUUCUUGUUCUCGUCUGUCCUGAAUGCUUCCCAAGCAUGAAGGCAACAAGCUUAUUCUUUUUGGUGGGAUUUAUGGCAGAGUUUCAAAUCUUCCUAAGAGCCUCUUCCCCAGUGAACUGCCAGUGGGACUCCUAUGGCCCUUGGUCUGAGUGCAAUGACUGUACCCGGACACAGGUCUCUGGGCUAUACAGUUUCUGGUUCCUGGCCAUCCAGGCAGUGUCAGGCCCGGACACAUUCCAGGUGUGGGUCUCAAGUUGGACCAGUCAUUGGUUGGUCACUCUCACAAGCUCAGUGCGACUUUUACCCCAGCACUCGUGGGCUGGACCAACUACUCGAAGGCGUUCGAUUGCUGUUUAUGGGCAGUAUGGAGGCCACCCAUGUGUGGGAAGUGCUUUCCAAACACAAUCCUGCAAUCCUGAACUAGGUUGUCCAACUGAGGAGGGCUGUGGCGAACGUUUUAGGUGUUUCUCAGGCCAGUGCAUCAGCAGAUCCUUGGUUUGCAAUGGGGAUUCUGACUGUGAAGAAGAUAGUGCUGAUGAAGACAGAUGUGAGGAUGCAGAAAGCAGACCUUCCUGUGACAUUGAUAAACCUCCUCCCAACAUAGAACUUACUGGCAAUGGUUACAAUGCACUCACAGGCCAGUUCAGGAACAGAGUCCUCAACACCAAAAGUUUCGGUGGUCAGUGCCGGAAAGUGUUCAGUGGGGAUGGAAGAGACUUCUACAGACUGAGUGGAAAUAUCCUGUCUUAUACAUUUCAGGUCAAAAUAAAUAAUGAUUUUGACUACGAGUUUUAUAAUAGCAGUUGGGCAUAUAUAAAGCAGACAUCCAGAGAAUACAAAUCAUCUUCGUCAAGCAAGAUAUUAUUUUUCUCUUCCUCAUCUGAUCACAACAGUCAUAAUUCAAAGACCAAGGAAGUCUACAUGAAAAAGAGUUAUAAAUUGCUGGUUGUUCGGAACAGUGUAGAAGUGGCCCAGUUCAUUAACAAUAAUCCUGAAUUUUUACAACUUGCUGAACCAUUCUGGAAGGAACUCUCCCAUCUUCCCACUCUAUAUGACUACAGUGCCUACCGACGGUUAAUUGACCAGUAUGGGACACACUAUCUGCAGUCCGGGUCCUUAGGAGGAGAAUACAGAGUUCUAUUUUAUGUGGACUCAGGAUAUAGCAAACACAGUGGUUUUGGGUCAGCCCAGGGGAAGGAAUGUUCUUCUUCGGAUUUACGGUCCUUUUUUGUGGUCACAUCGGAUAAAAGAUGCAAGGAACUGGAUGAUGCUUUCAAAUCAGCUUCAGGAAGCCAGAACAGGAAGCUUCAAGGAGAACCUUUUGUCAGAGGUGGAGGUCCGGGCUUUGUAUCUGACCUUAGCUUCCUGGAGCUGGAUAAUCCUGCUGGAAACAAACAGCGGUAUUCUUCCUGGGCUGAAUCUGUAACCCAUCUUCCCCAAGUCAUAAAACAAAAGCUGAUGCCAUUGUAUGAGCUGGUCAAGGAAGUGCCCUGUGCUUCUGUGAAAAGACUGUACCUGAAGCGGGCUCUCGAGGAAUACCUGGAUGAAUUCGACCCUUGCCAUUGCCAGCCUUGCCAGAAUGGUGGCCUCGCUACUGUUGUGGGGACAGAGUGUCAGUGUCACUGCAAACCAUACACAUUUGGAAUGGCGUGUGAGCAAGGAGUCCUUGUCGGCAAUCAGGCAGGAGGUGUUGAUGGAGGUUGGAGUUGUUGGUCCUCUUGGGGCCCCUGUGUUCAAGGGAAGAAAUCAAGGAGCCGAGAAUGCAAUAAUCCCCAGCCCAGUUCAGGUGGAAAGGCCUGUAUCGGAGAAACAACUGAAAGCCGGCCGUGUGAAGACCAGGACUUGGAGAACUUGAGAUUACUUGAACCACAUUGCUUUUAUUUGUCUUUGGUUCCAAAAGGAUUCUGCCCACCACCCCCUGCUUUGAAAGAUGGAUUUGUUCAAGAUGAAGGUACCAUGUUUCCUGUUGGGAAAAACAUCGUAUAUGUUUGCAAAGAGGGAUAUUUCCUUAUUGGAGAUCCUAUUGCCAGAUGUGGAGAAGAUUUACAGUGGCUUGUUGGAGAAAUGCAUUGUCAGAAAAUUGCCUGCACUCUACCUGUACUGAUGAAUGGCAUGCAGAGUCACCCCCAGAAACCCCUUUACAAGGUCGGUGAGAAGGUGACCCUCUCCUGUGCAGCUGGAAUGUCCUUAGAAGGUCCUUCAACACUCCUUUGUGGAUCCAGUCUUAAAUGGAGCCCUGAGCCGAAAAAUGCCCAGUGUGUGCAUAAAGACACCAGCACUCUCCCACCAGCUGGUCCUGCAUGUCAGCCCUGGGAGAAACUGAAAAACUCAAAAUGCGUCUGUAAAAUGCCCUACGAGUGCGGAUCCUCCUUGGAUGUGUGUGCUCGAGAUGAGAGAAGCAAAAGGAUACUGUCUUUGACUAUCUGCAAGAUGUAUGUUCUCCACUGUCAGGGAAGAAAUUAUACUCUCAUUGGCAAGGACAGCUGUACACCGCCUGCUUCAGCUGAGAAAGCUUGUGGUGCGUGUCCACCAUGGAGCAAAUGUGACUCUCAGAACAGCAAAUGUGUCUGCAGAGAAGCGUCAGAGUGCCAGGAAGCAGGGUACAGCAUCUGUGUGGACGUGAAUGGCAAGGAGGAGACCUUGUCCGAGUGUGAGGCAGGCAUCUUGAGAUGCAGAGGCCAGAGCAUCUCCAUCACAGCCAUCAAGCCCUGCGCUGAAGAAGCCCAGUAGGACCCAGGGGGCCCUGGUCCUCUUCAUCAGCAUCUAGUGGGCAAUGGAUGCUUAAUUCAAACAUCUGUAGCUGGCACUUAGGCUGCUUUCCCAGCAUGAAGGCACCAUCUUUUCUCCUUCCCCUCCAGUACAUACUUCUCCCUUCUAUGUCCAGCCACCUGUGCACACAGACCUUUUGUUUUCCCAAACCUCAGUCCAGCCCUUUUUCCUUUACAAGUGGAGGUGUGAAGAACACUCACAAACCAUACCGUGAACUAUUUGUGAAGUUUUGAAAAAAUGUGUUGGGUUUUGACUUUUUUGUCUGUCAAAUUACAGGAUGGUACUAGAGACACCUGUGUGCCCCAAUCAUCUCUGUGAUUUGUUAAGUAUAAUUGACCCCAUCCAGGGGCCAGUGGACCUUCUACAGAUUGAUUAGGAAAAGAGAAAGAACAUAAUUUCCUGAUUAGCAAGGUUGACUUUCUUCAGUGAAAUCACACACACACACACACACACACACACACACACACACACACACACACACACACUCACACACGUUGGAAGAAACAGACAGAUGCAAUUAUCUCCAUCCUGAGUGGGAAUGUCAUGCUUUGCCCUACAAAGUCAACCCCACAUGUGGGAUCCUUAUUCUUGUCAGAAGAUUGAACCACUUAAAUGUCAGAGCAGAACUCAUCAUGCUGUGGUCACGGGGCACCGUCUGUCUUCUUGUCUGAGAACAAAUAUGAUUCAGUCUCUUGGGAGGUUUUCUUCAGUAUGUGUCAAAUACAAGUACUGAAAUCACUCUGUUUUUGAAGGAAGCAUCGUUUUAUGCCAGAGCUAUUGAACGAUACAUAGUUGAGAAUAAUCUUCCCUAAUUAGUAACCCUAAUGUGGUACUCCCCUAGAUUUUUCCAGAAGUACACAUCUUGAAACAUUGGCAUUUGGUUUAUUUCUUAUUCAUCUUUCAUAAAAAAUAAACAAAAAAUGCAGCUGUG